AUGGCUUCUUUUCCGUCUUACAAAGUUGUCUUAACUUGCGCGGUCCUCCUCGUCCUCCUAAGUAGCUCGUCCGCUCUUCAUGACCAAAAUUAUUACUCAAACACUUGCCCCAACCUUCUUGAUACAGUGAAAAAUAAAGUGCAUGACGCGAUUAAUAGAGAGGCUCGGAUGGGAGCCUCCCUCCUUCGCAUGCAUUUCCACGAUUGUUUCAUUAAUGGAUGUGAUGGGUCGAUUCUGCUAGACGACACGCCGACUUCCAAGGGAGAGAAGACCGCGGGCCCCAACAAUCACUCCCUCAGAGGAUAUGAUGUCAUUGACCACAUCAAGGAGGCUGUGGAGAGUAUUUGCCCCGGCGUGGUCUCUUGUGCCGAUAUCUUGGCCAUUGCCGCUAGGGAUUCAGUCAGCAUUCUUGGCGGGCCCAGCUGGGAUGUGAAGCUAGGAAGAAGAGACUCCAGGACAGCUAGCUUCAGUGCAGCAAACACGACCCGACCUUCUGGCCUUCCUUCGCCACUAUCAAACCUCUCUGCCCUUAUCGCGAAUUUCAAGGCACACGGGCUUUCGGUCAAGGACCUCGUCACCCUCUCUGGCGCUCACACUAUCGGGAAAGCAAGAUGUGUCAGCUUCCGGGCCCACAUAUACAAUGACAGCAAUGUGGACCAGUCAUUCGCGCAGAUCCGACAGUCCAUAUGCCCGUCAGCCUCCGGAUCGAAUGACACCAGCCUCGCCGAUUUGGAUUUAGGGACACCCGCGACGUUUGACAAUCACUAUUACGUGGACAUCGUUUCCAACAAGGGGCUCCUCCACUCGGACCAAGAAUUGUUCAACGGUAACCGGACGACCGCUGAUCUUGUUUACAACUACUAUAUUAAUCCCGAUGCAUUUGCCAAGGAUUUCGCAAAAGCGAUGGUCAAAAUGGGGAACAUGAAUCCGUUGACCGGGUCGAAUGGGGAGAUCAGGAAAAACUGCAGGUGGGUGAAUUAG